AUGAGGCUUGAGCUCCCAGCUUCACUGCAGCUGCAGACCAUUGCAGUGGCGGUCCUUUCCUUUUCUAGGGGGCUUCUGUUGGAGCCAGCGGCGACGAAGGUGCAGAAGCACACGGCAUCGUGGCGCCUCUGGCACGUGAACCUGAAGUUUGUGAUUGCCAGCCAGCAGUGGGCCACCAUCAUUCUCACCAUCCUCAUCUGCUGCGUGCCUGUCGCCAUCCUGCAUUGGGGCCCUGGCCGCCACCCUCGGGAGCGUGACGUUUUUCUGUACGAUGGGACAAUUAGUUACCCGCUGGGAGAUGACUCAGUGCCUGCCUGGGUGGCAUGGGUCAUCCCCCUCAUACUUCUCAUUCUGACGGUGCUCGUGGGCGAGUUUGUGCUGUACAAGCCGCUGCACGCCAACAUCACCAAUGCAAUCACCACGACGCUACACUUUGUCAUCGAUGCUCUCGCAGCUUUCAUAGUGGCCAUCCUGGUGCAAGUGGCCACAAAAUCGGCUGUGGGUCGGCUGCGCCCCGACUUCCUCGACCGGUGUCAGCCGGCCGGGGGGGCCAACUACCAAUUCAAACCCCAGUACGGCACGGACACCGGCGUGGUCUGUACCCAGACCGACAUCAAGCUUCUGGACGACGGCCGCAGCAGCUUCCCCUCAGGCCACGCGUGCAUGUCGGCGGUGUUCGUGUGGUACACUGCGGGCUACUUCAUGUGGGCCAUCUACUUCCGCCACCGGCAGAGCGUCUUUGGCCGCUUUAUUGAGCGCACCUCCUGGCUCGGCUUCUUCGUCAAAGAUCUGGGCCACGCACUCGCACUCUACUGGAUCCUUCUCAACGUGGGCUUUUCGUGGGCAGUUGCUGGCUCAAGGAUCGUGGACAACAAGCACCACCCUUCUGACGUGGUCGGUGGCUUCUUCCUGGGUGCCAGCGUGGCGCUCAUUUUUGUCAUCCGCGCCACUGCCUGCCUGAAGUUCAUCCCGGUGUACAACAUCGACACAGAUGGCGCGGAGCACUUAAGAGGCGGCGAGCAUGGCGUGGGAGAUAAUCGAUUGGAGAUGGCAGAGAUGGGGGACGCACCCCCCGCUGGUGGUAUCCCCAUGGGCUCUGUCAGCCCUCAGCCUGGGAGGGCCAACUCCCUGGGAGUCGCGCAUUCAAUACCCCUGAAUUAGAGCCGGGGUUGGGGUAAUAACUUUUCUAUUACCGAGUGGCAGCCUGCUUAAACCACGGGUCGUCUUUGGGGAGUUUGAUGCUAGCUCAAGGGGUGUUGAGAAACCACAUGGAUCGUCAAUGGAACUACUGCAGCGGUCCAUCUCCUGAUCUAGCACAGAUGCAUCUUUUCUUGGGUGACCCCAAAGUCUUGUAUCUUUGCGAGCCUGUUGGCAGGGGAAGAGGAGAACUUCUUGAGGAGGCCUGGAAGACAUGCAGGGACUCUGGGAUAUUAUAUGCCGGAAAAAAUUCAUUUGCUGGUUUCUGCCUGCCCCUAGACAUACUUGGGUUGCCAAUGAGAUGGUAUCCUGAAGGUUGGCAGAGCUUUGGCAGCCUGGCUUUGCAUGCGCAUCCAGCUUGAGCAAUUGCCAGGGGCGUGUGUGCAGCCUGCAGCUGUGUGACAGUGUACCAUUAUGACCUUCUGUCAACACCUCAGUGACCUCUUUUGUGCUUGUCACAACCUGACUGACCCUCCAUUUGGGGCCGUGCUCUUGCUGCUCAAAUGAAGAGUGCAUGGCCAGCCCUUUGUAGGGCUACCAGUCACAUAUGGCACUGUUCUUAGACAAAGGGAUGUCUAUUUUGGGGAAACCUCUAGGCACCGGGACUUGUGAGUGUGCUGCCGCUGCGUGCUGCAUUGGGCACCAGACGAGCUGUCAUUCCAUGCUUGGUGUUCUGCACUGUCCUCUGCUGUGCGGAGGAUUUGCUACUUGGGUCUCGUGCUGCUUGCAUGUGAGGAAAGCGUUUGUCGCACAAGUGCACUUUGAGGAGACCUAGAGUUUUUGACUCACUGCUACACUCUCUUUUUUGGAGUAGAUUGCAGACUGUCCACUGUCUGCUGUUACUGCAACUGGGUGAUUGUUGUCCUGACCUCAUACGGUUUUGUACUGGCUGUGUGUAACUCAAGGGAGCUUUGC